GCCCGAGGAUCUUGCUUUUAGCAGGGAGGGAACGGCAGCCUUUAUCUUCACGUGUAUAUCCACAGCAUGGCUGAUUGUGCAGAAGUUAGCUGAGGUGGCGCGGGCAGAAGUUGGAGGAGCGGGUGGAGUUUUUUCAGCAAACGUCAGAGCCGCGCUCUGCAGCGCAUUGGAAAGAAAAAAAAAAAAAAGUUUUCACCAAGCUUUCUGUAAGUGAACUUCCAUAAAAUGUCACAGUGCUCAGCUCUAUUGCUCCCGCUCUUUAAAAAAUACAAAAUGUCUGAAGUUAAGCAGAGGAAAAAAGGUCUUCCUUCGUCCAAGAGCAGCGAAGAUUCCCAGAAGCUCGAGAAGCACAGCAGCCGUGGGAAGGUGGCGAGCCCCAGGGUGAGCCAUGAUCACAGUUCAGCUCGGAUGGACUCACGAAUGGCCUUGAGCGUGGUUUCUCUCACUGCCUGCCUGGUGCUGGCCUGGUUACUGUUUCAGCAGUCGAGUCGAUUUGCUGAUAUGGAAAAAAGGUACAAUUUUUUGCAGCAAGAGGCUGAAAGAUUCCUGGACAUGGAAAACAAAGUUAGCUUAAUUUCUGAAAAGUGUGAAAAUACGUUGAACUUAAUGGAGCAGCUGGAACAUCUUCAGGUACCUUCUCACAUGAAACGUCUACAGGAAGACAUUUACACGAUGACAACGUGGUCGAGCAGCAUAGUUAAAAAGAAUGAAGAACUGCAGAAGAAUUUGACGACCCUUUUUCAUGCAGUUGCGAGUGUUGAAGAGAAUGCAGCUUCUGUAGCAAAAAAUGUAACUUUGAAGAUUGUGACGGUGAAAACUGACAUAAGACGUAUUUCAGGCCUGGUCUCGGAGAUGACCGCACUGGCAGAUUCUUUGCAAGCACUAGAAGAUAAGGUAGAAAAAGGCGAAAAGAAGACCAUAGAAAAUAUAGGUGAUCUGAUUACCAGUAGCAUCGACCGAAGUACGAAACUACAAAGCUUGGCAUCCAGCAACGCAAGAAAAAUUGAACAAAUUAAGACAGCAUUGUCUGAGUUAAGGAGUGACUUUAACAAACAUUCAGAUAGGCUUUUGAAUCUCGAAGGUGACAGAGCAAAAGUUCUGAAGACGGUUACUUUUGCGAAUGAUUUAAAACCCAAGAUGUACAAUCUUAAAAAGGAUUUUGCCAUCUUGGAGCCAUUAAUAAAUGACCUAACACUGAGAAUAGGGAGAUUAGUUGAGGAUGUGUUACGACGGGAGAAAGAAAUUGCUUUACUGAAUGAGAAGUUGGCCAAUCUAACAAGAGUUGAGGCUGAGGUCAAAGGUAUGAAAGAUGAAAUAGCCAAGAUCUCGGACAUUAAUUGAUCACUAGGAAAGACACUGCCUACAGAAUAGCAGUGUUUGAGGAGUGUUACUCCAUCAUGAGUAGUACUAAGAAGAAAGACAACGUUUAAAGGCUUCAUUUGGAAGCACACUGGAACUUACAAACUUGUCCUCUUUCUUUUAAGAGAGCAGAAAAAAAAAUCAUACUGAUUUUGAGGGAAAACAAGCUAUAAUAUGAGCAGAAAAAACUUGUUUCUGUGCAUAUUUGUGUCUUUCCGAAGGGUGACAGAUGCUAUAUUUAAUAAACUGCUUGUUUUGUACAAUAAAAUGGUAGUGAAGCAUAGAAUGUUGAUCUUCAGCUUUCCUGAUUCAAAAGAAGGAAUAAAAUUGUGGUCUCCAGAUAAACAAAAGCUAAUCAAACCGCACUAGCAAUUUAGUGCUUGUCUCAAUACAUUAACUCAAGUUUUUGUAAACCACAGGAGUUUCCUAUUUUAUUUUUUAAGAGGUAAAUGCAGGGAACCAAGCAAUGCCCAGAAAUACUGUUGAUGCCCAGCAAAAAGUCUUUCCUAUAAAUCAUUAUUUAUUUUCUGUGAGGCUUUAUGGUUGCAAUUACAUAAUUGUGCAGCAUUAUUAGGUAUUUAAAACACAGAACUCCAUAUGGGAGUGGUGCUUUGAAAGACCUACUAAUGUUAUUGAUGGCCUUCUCCCAGUGUUACCGUAUCCGCACAGGAAUCCUAACGGUGUUAUUCAGUGUUGCUUAGCCUGUUAAAUACUACAGCUAACAGCAAGAUUAGCAAAGAGAAGCUAUUUCGGUGUCAAAGAGUGAGAUUGAUACAAGCCCCUGACAGUAUUUCUGUGGUGAAGAGCAAGAGCUUAAGAUACCUGCGACAUUUUAAAAUGUAGUGAGAGACUGAAGUAGCAUGAUACUGAGAUAUCAUCUAGCGAAGAGAUGAAAAUGCACUAAGUAGGAACAGAAAUCACUAUAAAAACAAUGAAGAAAGAUGGAGCGAUUGAGAAAAAUCCCUAAAAAUGAAAUUAUAUCAAGAAGUAUAACCUGAUAGUAUUGUCUCCAUAACUCAUCAAUCGUUUAGAUGGUCGUAUCUGAAAACAUUGCAGCUGCUUGGCUCUCAAGUUGAUGGAAGAUAUAAUAAUCAUUCCUCUCCCUCACUCUUCUCAUCCUCAUUCAGCAUUCCAUAAUUUUUGCACUUCUUCAUGUUCCCAAUCUUCUGUACCUUGCUUGCUGUGUUGCUUUUAGUAAACCAUAAAUGUUUAAGGUUGAACCGUAAA